AUGGAAUCUACUUAUCUUUUUAGACUAAAUACAGUUUACCAACAGUGUUUAUCCAUGUGCCCAGAGAAUCCAGCCAAACGCAUUCUAAUGAGUGGGCAAACAGCUUGGAACAUUAUUUGCGAUGACUUCAGAAACGAUACUGGUAACGGCUACUUCACAGACAGCUACUAUUCUACCACUAAAUGUGACUACCUAGAUUUCCGAGAGGUUGUUGUGCCAUGUUGGUCAACAAUGGGAGAAACACUAACAAGUCACUGCGCUCCGAUGGCACACUUUCUGCAAGCCGAAAUUCUUCAACUCAUGGAAGGAGGUUUGGAAAACGUGCACCAAGGAUUGGAUGGCCUUUGUAGGUGUGUACACUCCUAUGACAAAUGUUUUGUUAGAAAAAAUUACGAAGCUUGUGGCUCAAAAGCUGGAAAAUUUUUAGUCAAGUUGACUCAUCAAACAUCGCAUGCCCUUAUGGAACUACUGGAUAAAGUUCUCAAGUUGAAUGAUCUGCCAAGAAGCUGUAAGGAUUGGUUAAGUCAGAAGGAUAUCGGCGGAUUACGACCAAGAGCCAUCGCUAGACGACUGAGAAACAGCUGUUUAGCACUGGCCGAUUCGAUUCCAAUCAUUUUUGUAACGUUGAAAGCGUAUUUAUUUGUUUGA